AUGCUAGAGGGCAUGUCACGUCGCUCCCGCUCCCUGCUGUCCCUGUCCCUGACCACCCUGGCUCUGGUGUUCUCCAUCCUGGCCCUCUGCACCUCCUACUGGGCCGAGGGCACCCACAAGGUGGUGAAGCCCCUCUGCCUGUCGCCUGUCAAGAUGAAGAACUGCGGCCAGAACAACAGUGAGGCGUACACCACAGAGAGCCCCACCCAGAACCCCUUCAACCGCACCAUGUCCCCGGCACGGAGGGAUGAGCUGUCCAAGAUCAGGCAGAGGCAGCUGGCCAACGCUGUGCACUACAUCUGGGAAACGGGCGAGGACAAGUACGCCUUCAGAUACUUCCACACAGGCUUCUGGGAGAGCUGUGAGAAACACAGCGAUGGAGAGAAGUGCCGUAGCUUCAUAGAGUUAACUCCCGGGGAAACACAAGGUGUGCUGUGGCUUUCGGUCAUCUCAGAGUUCACCUACAUCGGCCUGCUGGGGAUGGGCUUCCUGCUGAUGUGGCUGGAGCUGCUGUGCUCGCACAAGGAGAUGCAUGCACUCAAGAUCAACGCCUACGCAGCCAUUUGUACCGUGCUCUCAGGUCUGAUGGGGAUGGUGGCUCACAUGAUGUUCACCACGGUGUUCCAGAUGACCGUCAUCGUGGGCCCCAAGGACUGGAGGCCCCAGACCUGGGACUACGGCUGGUCGUUUGCUCUGGCGUGGGUGUCCUUCAGCUGCUGCAUGGGUGCGGCGGUGGUCACGCUGAACUCCUACACCAAGACCAUCAUCGAGAUGCGGCGUCGACAGCGCCUCCGCCUGGAGGAGGCCCGAGCGGUGGCCUGCGCGCCCGCCUACGAUGAGGUGGUCCCCGGGGGCGGGCUCUAUUCGGUCAGCGGCCUGCUGCAGUGUCCCGGGGGGAUGAUGGACGUGGCCUGGGCCCCCGACGGCAGCGUGGUGGGGGUGGGCAACGGGGACGCCAUGCCCACCCUGGUGCUGGUGGGCGGCUGCGGGACCGAGGGGUGCGAGGACUGCGAGAGGGAGAUGGAUAUGAUGGAGGGGGCCGACAUGGACAGGGUGGAUUCGCCCUGUUAGCAGACGGAUCGCUCACGGUUUUUGCAGAGCGGAGAAGGACCGGUAGCAGGAACGCACGGCAGACGGUGCUACAGAUAAACUUGGGUUUUCCGUGAGGAUUUUCUCUCUGCUACAUUUGGCUUUGUUUUUCACGUGGACGGAGGCUGACCAAAUCGAAGCACAUCAACAUGUGUAAUCUUCUGUACAUGGGGGGGUCACACGCAUCGCUUGCAUUACUCAGAGUUAUUCAUUGGUGCCAAAUACUGGUAGAGAAGAUCAGGUCUCUCUCUAUGGCGGUAUAUGCUAAGUUGAUGAUAUAUUAUUUAAAUGUGGCGCUUGUGGUAUAUGCUUGGCUCACAUUGGACUUCUUGGAUAGAAUUGACUUCCUAACA